GCCAUGUCGCUGAGCCCCAAGCACACGACGCCCUUCUCGGUGACCGACAUCCUCAGCCCGAUGGAGGAGAGCUACAAGAAGUUCGGCGGCAUGGACGGGGCGGGCGGGCUGGGCGCGCCCCUCGGGCCCUACCGCCAGCCGCCGGUGCCCGCCGCCGCCGCCGUCCCGCAGCACGUCGUGGCGGGUCCCACAGGCACGGCCGCCUACCACAUGCCCCACGGCGUCUCCCAGUUCCCGCACGGCGCCGUCGGGGGCUACUGCAACGGCGGGCUGGGCAACAUGGGCGAGCUGCCCGCCUACCCCGAGGGGAUGAGGAGCGGCGCGGCGGCGGGAGGCGGCUGGUACGGGGCCGGCGGCGACCCCCGUUACUCCAGCAUCUCCAGGUUCAUGGGCCCGUCGGCGGGGAUGAACGUGGCCGGGAUGGGCGGCCUGAGCGGCAUCGCCGAGGGCGCCAAGGCCAUCGUGCCGCUCCACGCAGCCCCGCGGAGGAAGAGGAGGGUGCUCUUCUCCCAGGCGCAGGUCUACGAGCUGGAGCGGCGGUUCAAGCAGCAGAAGUACCUGUCGGCGCCGGAGCGGGAGCACCUGGCCAGUCUGAUCCACCUCACCCCCACGCAGGUCAAGAUCUGGUUCCAGAACCAUCGCUACAAGAUGAAGCGCCAGGCCAAGGACAAGGCGGCCGCCCAGCAGCUGCACCCCGACGGCGGCGGCGGCCUCUGCCAGCAGCACUCGCCCCGCCGCGUCGCCGUGCCCGUGCUGGUGAAGGACGGCAAGCCCUGCCCGCCGCCGGGCAGCGGCACCCCGGCCCCCGGGCAGCCCGCGCCCCCGCCCCCGGCCGCCUCCGCCGGGGCUCUGCCCGCCGCCGCCCCCGCCGCCCACCCGCACCCCGGCUCGCUGGGGCAGGCGGCCGACCUGGAGGAGCUCUCGCCCAGCCCGCCGGCGCUGCACGGCCAGGUGCCCUCCAUGGCUCCUAUGGACUCGGCCGGCGUCGAUUACCACGGCGGCAUGGUCAGCCCCAACCUGCUCUACGGCAGGACGUGGUAA